AGAAGAUGUUGAAAAACUGAACAACGAUAUGAAAGAAGACUUUGAAGCCAAGAUUACAGGUGAUGACAAGCCACCUGUAUAUCACAGCUGUCCUGUAACACAGAAUUUUGAGUUUGAAGUGUGUCAUGUAAUUACGUGCAAUCAGUGUAAUGAAGUGGUGACUAAAACAGAACAGUUUUAUGAUCUAUCGGUGGAUAUGCCAAAAAAGAGAGAUGCGAGUGAAAUCAAAUCCAUUCAGUAUACCAUCGACCAAUUCUUCAGGGAUGAGAAAAUUGAAUAUGAUUGCAGUGAAUGCCAUUACAGACAAGCUACUGUCACACAUAAGUUUACUCGGUUACCAAGAAUAUUGAUAUUACAUUUGAAGAGAUACAGCUACAACUUGUCCACUUUGAAAAACACCAAAUUAGCACAGAAUAUAAGGAUUCCAAAUUAUCUAACUUUAUCACUGCAUUGUACAACAAAGACAGAAGUUCCUUUAUCAGCUGAAAGAAAACCUGUGCUUUGUAGUGUUGUAAAACAAGAGAACAAUUUCCAGAGUAAAGAUUGUACAGACGCUGUACCAGCAGUGAGGAAGAGGCUUUACAGUGAUUCUUCAAGAUCUGAAGACAACAAAUCCAGAUUCAACUUCAAACGAGUGCGAAGGAAAUCUGAUGAUUCUGAUAGAACGGAAGAAAAUAAAGACUCGGAAGACUUGUCAAAACUUUCUGAAGCCGAACAGGUUGCGAAAGUGUUGGAGAUAAGUAAACAGGAAUGUGCGAAUCCGAGUUUAUUGUCUCUGUCAGAAGAACAACAAGUUGCGGCAGUCCUUGAAUUAAGCAAACAGGAGAUGAGUCACUGCUUGGUCAGUGAAGAGAUGAAAGAAAAUGAAAUAAAGGCCACUUUGAAACUGAGUGAGCAAGCUUCACAUGAGGUUUCAUUGACAGAUCUUCACAGCCGAGUAAUCAAAGAUGAAAGCAAUUGUGAUGACUUGGAAGAUCAUGUUGAAAAUGGGAGGGAAAGUCACGAUGACAGCCUGCGGACCCAAAUAAAGGAACUAGACAGAAGAAAUAUUACUGGGAAAAUAGAAAAUUUUGAGAUGCAGAAUGCAGGUAAAAAUAAAAAUACAGACUCAGUAUUAAAUGAAUCGAACCAUAAAAAACCUUGUAUUGUAAAUGAACAAGUGCCUCUCAAGAGACCGAUUCUUUCUGAUACGGAUGACUCAGAUUAUUGUGAUGUAAAAUUGAUUAGUCCUGUUGAAAAGAAAGUACAACAUGGGACGUACACUGAAAUGAAAAUGGCAAAGCUGCUUCUGAUAGAAUUGUUUGUAAAGUACGACAUGAGACGUACACGGAAGACGAAAAUGGUACACUGUACAUGGUAAAAAAAGAGAUGUGCAGUGGCAGUCAAAAUAAUCAUGAUUCAGUUUCAAAUAAAGACCAUAAAAAAAAUAUUGUCAAAGGUCAUUUGUCUUUGAAAAGACAGUUUCUCUCUGAUACUGAUGAGUCGGAUCACAGUGACGCAAAAUUAAUUAGUCCUGUCAAAGAUGAAAACGGAGAGACGGUCACGAAUGGAAUUGCGAAGAGAGUACGCCGUGGGACAUAUACAGAAGAUGAAAAUGGUGAACUGUACAUAGUAGACAAUGAUCAAGCAGGCAAUGAUUCAGAUUUACAGAAGG